AUGGCGGCUCAGCAACACGAUGUUCGUCCUGACGAUCCGUCUGCGGACGUCUCAACAGACAACGACGCGACGAUGAAAGCAGCGGACCAGGAGCAGCGUUCUGCUGCUUCUUCGCCUCCAAACUCGGAAUCGACAAAGAAGCCAAACAUGUUCAAGAAGCUUUGGCAAAAGCUUGAUCUCGACGUGCCGACCGUCAUGCUGAUGUUCAAGGCAUCUUUGCCGCCUACAAUUGCGGUCGCAAUGUAUCAGAGCCCCGCAGUCGCGAGAGAAUAUACCACGCUGGGUUACCUGAUCGCUAUCACUUCAGUUCUGGGCAUGUGCAUCAUGCCAAGGGCUAUGUUUGUGCAAACGAUCACUCUGAAUGUUCUGGGUGUAUGCAUUGGUGGUGCAAUGUGUCUUCUCGCAUUGUACUCUGCCAUCCAAGCACGAUUACACACAACACCAGCGGGUGCUCCCCCGACUGGGUACAAUUCGAGCGCUUCUGCUGUGUUGGCAGUGUGGCUCUUCUUCUUUGUCUAUCUUGCCAACGUUCUGCGAGCUGCUCUACCUCAGAUGCAGUUCCCUGUCAUCAUUUUCUCAAUAUUCAUUUCGGUGUCAAUGACAUACGGCACACAGUUCCCUACAAUGGACUACGCCCUUAGUUUCAUGCAACGGCUCAUUCAAACUUUCUUAACAGGCUUCGCUCUGGCAGUGGGAGUCUCAUUCUUCGUCUUUCCUAUGAGCUCGAGAAAGGUUGUGUUUAAAGAGAUGGAAGGAUAUCUCAAAGGCAUGAGUGGUCUAUUGAAACUUCAAGGCGCCUACCUUGCAAGCUUGGAAACCUGGGAACCAGAGAAUGACAGCGAGAAACCAGGAAUGGAUAAAUACAACGACAGGAAGCAGAAGGGGCCAGCACCAUUACUAAUGACUGAACCUGGUAGAAAAACGAAGGCAGCUAUGCAGAAAAUACUCGAGCUACAUACGAAGCUGCCCACGGACAUCUCCUUCGCGAAGAAGGAAAUUGCGAUCGGAAAACUUUCGCCAAAGGAUAUUACCGAGACAUGGAAGCGGAUGAGGUUCAUACUGGUGCCCGUCAUUGGGUUGAACUCAGUGCUGGAUAUCUUGCAGCGACGAGCUGAGGAAGCGGGUUGGGAGAAGUCGAACAACAACGAGGCAGACGAGCGCUCAAAGAGAAGACAAAUUGACGAUCUACACGAGCUUAUGAAGUCUUUGCACGAGCCGUUAGUCACUCAGGGUGCGCAUCUCGAUUCCGCCUUCCAGCAUGUUCUCCAUACAUUGGAGCUCGCGAAGCCACCCAAGAAGAAGUCCGGUGAUGAAGAGAGUGCCGACACUGGACCAAUACCCGGAACAGCCACAUAUGCGGAAGGAUUUCGAAAACAACUGGACGAAUUCUACCACUCUAAGAAGCAUUCCGUCGAAGAAUGGUGCCAUCAGCAUGGAUUCGACAUUCCGGACGACUUCUUCGAACCUACCUUUGAGCGACCAGAAGAAUGGACCGAUGAUCGUUCUGAGCAUGCACGCGAACGAGACCAACGACAUCUCUUCUUCGCUCUCUAUGUUCACCAUCUUCUCCACAAAGCCGGCGAAGCUGCCCUCGAGUUGGUUCUCUUUGCAGACGAGCGCAAAGCGUCUGGCACAUUGCAGAGAUCCCGCCUUAUUGUCCCUGGGCUCAAGACGUUCAAGAAAUGGCUUUUCUCUUGCUUCGGCAAAGACGACCUUCACGAUGAAAAUCUCCUGACAGCUGAUGUCUCCACUGGCCGUGCUCUAGAUCUAGGAGAAUCCUUUGGCAAAUCGAAGGAUCCAGAACAUCUGCCGCCCCGAAACGCUUGGGAGAAGAUUGGAGAGACGAUCAGAUUAAUUCCGCGAGCGCUCAGAAGUGAUGCCUCGGCUUUUGGAUUCCGUGUCGCGUGUGCCACGAUGACAGUGGCCAUUAUCUGCUUCCUGCACGAUUCACAAGCAUGGUUUCUGAGGCACCGGAUCCUGUGGGCGAUGAUCAUGGUGCCAAUCAGUAUGACAAGGACAGCCGGACAGUCGACAUGGUCUUUUGCGCUGAGAAUUAUGGGGACCGCAAUCGCGAUGAUUGCGGCGUACAUCAUCUGGUACAUCGUGGACGGCAAAACAGCUGGUGUGAUCGUUUUCUUGUGGUUCUGGCUGUUCUUGGCCUUUUAUAUUCUGCUGAAGCAGAAAACACUGCUCAUUGCGGGCAUCAUCUCUGCUGUUACCGCUAUCCUCAUCAUCGGUUACGAACUCCAGACCCGCGUCGUGGGCAUCGAAGCGAGCGAAUCCAACGGCCAACCUUACUACGAAACUUACCUCCUCGCCCCUUACCGUCUCGCUACUGUCUGUGGUGGUCUCGCCGUAGCCUACAUCUGGACCAUCUUCCCCUACCCCGUCAGCGAAUCGACUGAACUCCGCAAAGACGUCGGCGCCGCCCUCUACAUGCUCGCAAACCUCAACUCCGUCGUGAACGAACUCGUCCGCGCCCGACUCCAGAAUAUCGCCGGCGACGAAGCCACCAAAGGCACCCGCGCCUUCCACCUCGAAAAAGCGCGUAAUUUGGUGUUCACCAAAACUCUGACCCUCCUCACCACCCUCGAACAAAACUCCGCCUUUUCCAAAUUCCAAAUCCGCGUCGGCGGCCGCUUUCCUCAUGAAGAAUACACUGGCCUAAUAUCCAGCGUUCAACGCGUGAUGCAAUACAUUACUCUCAUAUCCUACGCGUCGCGAACUUUCUCCCACCCGGAAGACAACGAAUCCUCCUCACGACAUACCGCCUGGUCGCAGGAUUUCCGGAAAUUACUCACGUCCGUCAACGCCACCUCACACAAGCUCACCUCUCUGCUGUCUCUGCUAUCUUCCAGCAUCACCGACGCCAGAGCUUUGCCUCCAUAUUUGGAAAUCCCGCAACACGCGAAAUAUGUGCAACGUAUGGAAAAAAUUGAUAAAGAGAUUUUGAGUGUGAGACAUAUUGAUGAGCCAGAAUAUUCCGCUUUUGCGGUGAUUCAGAUUUGUGCGCAGUGUAUUAAUGAUGAUGUGGUGAAAAUUACGAGGCAUGUCAAGACUUUGGUUGGAGUCAUUGAUUUUAGCUUCCAUGUUAAGGAUCGGGAGCCGGAAGGGGACGAGACGUCGAUUGAUAGUGGUGCGGAUGAGAAGAAAAGUGGACAGUAGGUGUUUCUGUUGGAUGUAGUGGCAGAAUAUACUUUUAAUUGUUGAUCUCGUGUUUGAGAGUCUAUUCGAGCCGAUGCAAUUCACCGUCACGAGGAGCAGGCGUUUCUCACC